GUGUGGUCUUUGCCAUUCGCUGAAAAUUCUUAAAGUCCAAACGGGAUCAAGACCAGAAGUAAAGUUUCCGCAUCGUUUCGCUGGUAUAUACGACGAUAUCGUAUCCAGAUCCAACACAAUGAGAUUUACAGUUUUCGUGGUCCUUCUUCUUGGUUUUGCUGGUCUUGGGCAAGCUGUCACGCGAUGCCUGUCAUGCCUCAGUGAUGAUAGCGUAGAGGACUGUGACGGAAAAGGAAAGGAAGUCAUAUGCCCAGAAGAAGAAGUUUGCACCAUGUACAUUAUGUCAAAGGAAUUGAAAGGAGUGUCAAAUCACCGUUUCAUAAGAUUUUGUUCGUCCUCGGGACAAAUUGAAGUCUUGCAAAAAAUGUGCUCCCUUGGACCGUUGCCUAUCCCGGGGCUGGGAACGACUAGGUGCAUUGCCUAUAAAGAACGCUGUAGUUCAGAAGGUUGCUUUUACGAUGCAUGAAGCAGUGAUAUGGUCACGCAUGUAGUUUGCACAAGCUCAUUAAGCGCAAUUUCCUUGUAGAGAGGUAGAAACCGCCUAAAAACACACUGUAUGUUGUUUGAUCGAAGGAAAAACGUAAAGCUGCAUUAAAUACUAUAAAAUACUA